GGGUUUGGGGUUUAACGCUUUAGAGGCGGGUUCGCAUUACGUGGGAAAGUUGUCGUAGUAAGUGUGCCACGUCUGCUGGGAAGCGGUAGUCAUGAACUUGCCAAAGGCCGUUGUCUUGAAGCCUUCAAAUACUUUCUUAGUUCUAUGAGGUCGGGGGCCCUUUCUCUGUUUUUGUAGGAACUUUCCUGCGCCAGCAGCAUGAGGCUUUUUUUGUGGAACGCAGUGCUGACGUUGUUGGUCACUUCUUUGAGUGGGGCUCUGAUCCCUGAACCAGAAGUGAAGAUUGAGGUGCUCCAGAAGCCGUUCAUCUGCCAUCGCAAGACCAAAGGGGGAGAUUUGAUGUUGGUCCACUAUGAAGGCUACUUAGAAAAGGAUGGCUCCUUAUUUCACUCCACUCACAAACAUAACAAUGGUCAGCCCAUUUGGUUUACCUUGGGCAUCCUGGAGGCUCUCAAAGGUUGGGACCAGGGCUUGAAGGGAAUGUGUGUAGGAGAGAAGAGAAAGCUCACCAUUCCUCCUGCCCUGGGCUAUGGAAAAGAAGGAAAAGGUAAAAUUCCCCCAGAGAGUACACUGAUAUUCAACAUUGAUCUCUUGGAGAUUCGAAAUGGACCAAGAUCCCAUGAGUCAUUCCAAGAAAUGGAUCUUAAUGAUGACUGGAAACUCUCUAAAGAUGAGGUUAAAGUGUAUUUAAAGAAGGAGUUUGAAAAGCAUGGUGCAGUGGUGAAUGAAAGUCAUCAUGAUGUUUUGGUGGAGGAUAUUUUUGAUAAAGAAGAUGAAGACAAAGAUGGAUUUAUAUCUGCCAGAGAAUUUACAUAUAAACAUGAUGAGUUAUAAAGAUACAUCUGCCCAUUUUAUAUGGCAUCCAUCCUUAAAGACAGGGCAACCAUUUUAAAAGAAGGUCUUAUUUUUAAAUAAUGUGCUGUUCCUGUUCUGGUUUUAUAUAUAUAUAUAUAUAUAUAUUUUUUUUUUUUUUUUUUCUGAAUAUUAUUUGAAAAACCCCUUAAGAUUCCUAAGUGCCCAUUUCUUUCUGGUGAGUUAUUGGGAAGAAAAAAAUUAAUUUGUCUUUGAACGGAAGACUGCUGAACUAUUUUCCACUUUCACAUAUGAAGCCUUAUGGUUUACUUGCUUACUUGUAAUUUUAAAACAUUGCACCCAGAAGCAUGCCCAACAAAUCGGCACCCUCUAUUUCUCCUUCCCUCUAUUUUCUCCAAGUUAGAUACUGACAUUUGAGAAACCUUUUGCAACAGCCCAAGGCUUACUAUUUUCAUGUUAUAAUGAAACAGUGGGUCUGUAACUGCCUUUGAGUCUGUGCUUAAGGAAAAGAGGAAACUGGUUGUUGAUUUGGGCUUGUAACCAGUUACUGCUCUACUGAGAUGUGUAAGGUUGAAGUGAGUAACAAAGUUAGUAACUUAUAAAUAUGUAUACAUUGAAACAUUCUGCCCAGGACUUAAGUUUUAUAAAGUUUGGUUCCUAGUGACUAAUAAUCUAUAAUGAGAAAUUGGACAAAUUAUUUAUGUGUCUGGCUCUCUGUAAUAACGGGUCAAAACAUUGUUGCUGAGGUAGAGAGUUGUAUCUAGUCAAUGUUUAAGUCUAGCAGAUUACCCUUCCUGGUUUAUUAAUGAAUAAAAUCUAUUACUAAUGUAUUAUACUACAAUAACAUUGUAUCAUGAGAGAAAUUAGUAAGCCAAUCGAAAAUUUCCUAUUUCCGUUCAUCAAAAAAUGACGUGGAUCCACAGCCGCUACUAUUGGAUAGAAAUCUUUCCUGCGUCAAAAAAAUGGAUGAUUUUAUAAUUUUACCUGAAAUUGGCUUUUAUCCUUUUCCUUUAAAAAAGCUCCCAAAUCUCCAUUUACUAAGCAUAGUUCUUUAUCAUUUACAAAGUGAUCUCAAGUGCAUCAUUGUCUUUGAUUUUCAUUGCUCUGAGCCCUGUGGGGGGGAAAAAAACUGGUGGAUCUUAAUGUAACUGUUUUAUAGAUGAGGACAUUAUCCUUCAAAGAGAUUGAUUGUUUUGUCCGAGGUCAACAGCUAACUUGUGCAAACAGAUCGCAGUCCCCAAGUUCAGUAUGUUUGUUUUGCCCUCUACUAGUGAAAAAGCAAAACUUCCCUUUGAACUCAUUGGACCUAAUUCUCUCUUCACUUUGCUCUCAAAGCAGUCAGCUCUGUUUUUUUUAUCUUUGGCUCCUUAUCCUUUGAAGAUGGUGAACUGGCUGUUGUAGGUACUUUUGAAUUCUUCCCCUGAUCUAGGAAAGGCUCUGGUUUCAUUGAAUAGUCUUGGGGUUAGCACUGAAUUGCCUCAAAAACCCUGUCCUGUGAGAAGAUCCAGGCAUGUUUCUUAGUCCUUUCAUGCUUGUUUACCUCUAGGUUUUUUAAUUUUGUUUUGUUUUGUUUUGUUUUGUUUUGUUUUGUUUUGUUUUGUUUUAGAGAGUCAUGAACAAUUAUUGCAUCAUAUACAGGCUACUUUUGCCACUUAUCUGUUGACAUUUUCCUCACCAGACCAUAAAGUUCUUGAGAAGAACAUAUAUAACACCUUUUUUCUGAUGAAAUCAGCUAUAUGUCAAAAACUCUUAAAUUGUCACUGCUAUUUUCCUCAACCCGGAGGAGUUACGAACCGCAAUACAGAAAGCUUUAUGCUGUGUUCGUCGGGAAGGAGAGAGCUUGUCACGUGGUAGCACCUUGUAUAGACGUUAUUGGCGAUGCUAUCUCCGGUAAAGCAGGCAAAGCAAAAAGAAUUGUGAUUAUUUGGGCAGCAUAUUUCUUUAUAUGUGAGUUCACAUAAAUUCUCAUCUAAAUCUUUAGACACAAACAUGAAAUGAAAGCAUAUAAAUAGGUUAUGGUCGUUUUUAAGCAUCUGCCUUUGGUUUAGCUACACCUGUACCCCUUUCCAUUCGUGGGAAUAAUCAGACAUGAACUGUGACCUCACUUGUAAUAUAAUUUGACUCAUUAAUAUUGCUAGAUAUGUCCUACUUAAGUUUAUAUGACCAUGUUGUAUUCUUUUCAAAAUAAACUUUAUUUGGGGAAUGA